UCUCCAUAGUAAAAGUGACAGCCAACUUGGAUGAUCAGCUGUGUGAUGCAGGGACCGGUCAUCAAAACAUAAGCGCAGGGCGUAAACAAUCUUCCCCCAAAUGGCCGAAAUCAGUGAGCGAAAGGACGAAAUCGAGCUGUUGAAGCAAGGAGCUGAAGGUAAACUGUACGUCGGCACCUACAAAGAUAAACGAUGUUUGAUAAAGGAACGGUUCGAAAAGAAGUACCGACAUCCGGCGCUCGAUCGUCAAUUGACCCGGCAACGCAUCAAGGCAGAACAGAAGGCGUUCCAGCGGUGUGCCACAGCCGGUCUGCAAACACCGGCACUUUACGGUGUCGAUCUAGAGGGACGCAAAAUCUACAUGGAGUAUCUCGAUAAGAGCAGAACGGCAAAGGAUUUCAUCGAUGAGCUAACGGCGGCACCGACGACGAAUGCAACGGAUUCACCACAGCUCAAGAAGCUGGCCGAAAAGAUUGGCCAUGUGGUUGGUGUACUGCAUCGAAACAAUCUGGUGCACGGUGAUCUGACCACCUCGAACAUGUUGCUGGACCCGGUGCAGGAGAGCGAUGCGGAAGAUCCCGUGUUCCCGUAUCGGUUGGUAACGAUCGAUUUUGGUCUAUCGCAUUUCAGUGAUAACAACGAGAACAAGGGUGUUGAUCUGUAUGUGCUUGAACGGGCAAUUCUUAGCGCUCACAGCCAAUUGCCCGACCUGUUCGGGAUGAUACUGGAAGCUUAUCGGGUUCAUAAUACGAACAAUUGCAAGGAAACGAUCGCAAAGUAUGAAGAGGUCCGUGCACGUGGCCGUAAGCGAACGAUGGUGGGUUAAGGUGUAUGCUCACCGUCCAUGGAAAUGUUUUAUUAACCAGUAUGAUGUAACGAAAUAAAGUAAAAUGGUUCGAGAAGCUCGCACCUUGUACA